AUGGAAUACCUCAUGAAUAAAUCAGUGGUCGUGAUUACCAAUGACAGGGUAAGAAAUAAGAUGGCCAUGCCUUCCACCUUCCAUCCGAAAUCAAUCCAUCAACUACCGUAUAGCCAGACACUGCCACGGAGGCUUUUUGGCAGAAGCGACCUUGAAUGUGACCUCUUCCGGGCAGGCCGCCUGGGCGCUCUGGCCUCCCGCACUGAGCACGCCAUGGUGGAUGGCAUGUCUGAGCUGGAUGUGGUGCCCCCUGCCUUCUGGAACGAUGCAAUCAGUGUUAAGGUCAUGUAUGUGCUCUACAGUAUGAGGGUGUCUAUGCCAGAAGCUCAAGUACCACUAAGUGAAGAUUCGAGACAGCAUGGCAGAAAACAGCAGGGGCUGGCCAGCCCAUAUGUAAAAAGAGAACAAGGAAAUGUGGAAACACCCCCAUCUCCCAGUGCUGCCACAUCCCCAAAGCGAGCUGUGUUCAUGCCUGUUUGCGUCUUUCGCCGGCCUCUGGGGCAUGGCCCGGCCGGCCCUCCCACCUGUUCUCUGGCCACAGAAUCUUGCAUACCCCUGGCUUGGCAGCUCCUCGGGCCCCCUGGAUCACUGACCUCCCAACUUCGUGUCUUGGCAGCAGGUCCUUCCAUUGGGCUCUCCACCAGUGUCUUCUCUGUGCAAUGCCCACCCAUCUUUAAAGUUCUGCCCCAGCAGCGCGCGCCAGCGGGCGUAUCAGCCGGGCGCACCCGCGGCGGCCACCUCUUGGCGUGGCCGGGGGCAGAUGGACCUCGGCGAGCCUCGUUUCCCAGUCCUAUUACGCAACAACUUUGCAUCCGUCAUCCUCGCCCUAAUUGUGCAGGGGGCGGUGUUUGUGUGUUGCGCUUUCUCUCCCCGCUCCCGGCCGUCGCGCUCCCCGGAGAGACGCGCGGGGGCAUUGUAAUCGCUGCCUACGCAGCACCGCGGGGCUCCAACCGGCAGCCAGUCCUCCUCCCCACCGCUGCCCGCCCCGAGUGCUGGCAGCUCGCCAGCGUCCCCCUCCCAUUUCCCCCCCUCUUCGCCCACCCCAAGGAGGAGGGGUCCUCCCGCGAGGGUGCGGGGAGGGGCAGGCGGAGGUCCGUGCCACGCCCGGGUCGCCGCGGCCCUCGGCCGGGUACUCGGUCGGCAACAGGUAGCCCUGCCGCUGCGUGCUCGGGGAGACAAUAA